GUUUGGAAUAGUUUAAAUGCUUUGACACUGGGCUGUCCUGGAAGGCCAGGAGGCAGUUUACUGGGUAAUUCAUAUGCAAAACUGCACCAUAAAUUUCCAGGCUGUCUCAGUUGCCGUGGCACCACGAAGCAUUUCUCCGCGUACAGUACAGUAUUUCUGCCAUCUUUGUUUGCAUUGCAGUGAGUCAUCAAAAGUCUGUCUUGUACCAACACCCGGAGCCGCGCAUUCCUCUGGCACCGGCGCUCCACUGUUUUUAAAGCCGGGGCUGGGAGCUGGCAUUUACUUGGGCUCCGAAAUCAAAGGCGGCUAUUCAUUCCCGGGAGCUGCCUGAAUGUGCGUCUGCAUCCGGCCGCUUCAUUGAGAUGCGGUGCACUGCCCGGGAGAGCCGGCCUGGGUGCAGCUGAGCUGCGGCGGCCCGCGCCCCGCGCUCUGCCCUCCUCCUCCUCCUCCUCCUCCUCCCCCCCUCCCGCUCCCCCUCCCCGGCUCCUCGCGCCCUCCCCACCCUAGGGCUCCCGCUCCGUUUGCUGCAUUCCCGGAGCAGCUGGGCAGGCGGGCUGGCGUGCGGGGAGCCUGCCCUGCCGGGCCGAGCGGGCAGUGCCGGGCCGCUGGCCGCAGCGGCCAAAGAUGUGCCCCGCUCGGGCCGCCCCGCGCUGAGAGUCUGAGGCCCGCUGCCAGCGCCCGCCCGCCAUGUCUCAGACGCUGCACAUCGAGAUCCCCAACUUCGGGAGCACCGUGCUGGGCUGCCUCAACGAGCAGCGCCUGCUGGGCCUCUACUGCGAUGUGUCCAUCGUGGUCAAGGGCCAGGCCUUCAAGGCCCACCGCGCCGUCCUGGCCGCCAGCAGCCUCUACUUCCGAGACCUGUUCAGCGGCAACAGCAAGAGCGCCUUCGAGCUGCCGGGCUCGGUGCCGCCUGCCUGCUUCCAGCAGAUCCUGUCCUUCUGCUACACGGGCCGGCUCACCAUGACGGCCAGCGAGCAGCUGGUGGUCAUGUACACGGCCGGCUUCCUGCAGAUCCAGCACAUCAUCGAGCGCGGCACCGACCUCAUGUUCAAGGUGAGCUCGCCCCACUGCGACUCGCAGACCGCCGUGAUCGAGGACGCCAGCUCCGAGCCCCAGAGCCCCUGCAACCAGCUGCAGCCCGCCGCCGCCGCCGCCUACGCCCCGUCCCCCUCCGUGCCCAUCCCGCUGCUGGCCCGCGUGAAGCACGAAGCCGUGGAGCUGCCGCCGGCCGCCGCCGGCCCAGGCCUGGCCUCCAAGCGCCCGCUGGACACGGGGCCCCGGGACAGCGUGGCGGGGGCCGCGGUGGUGGCGGGUGCGGCGCCCCUCAAACUGCCCCGCGUCUCCUACUACGGGGUGCCCGGCCUGGCCACCCUGGUCCCCGGCAUCCAGCAGGUGCCCUACCCCCAGGGGGAGCGGGCCAGCCCGGGGGCCAGCAGCCUGCCCACCACCGACAGCCCCACCUCCUACCACAACGAGGAGGACGAGGAGGACGACGAGGCCUACGACACCAUGGUGGAGGAGCAGUACGGCCAGGUGUACAUCAAGGCCUCGGGCGGCUACGCAGUGCAAGAGAAGCCGGAGCCGGUGCCGCUGGAGAGCCGCUCCUGCGUCCUCAUCCGCCGAGACCUGGUGGCCCUGCCCGCCAGCCUCAUCAGCCAGAUCGGGUACCGCUGCCACCCCAAGCUCUACUCCGAGGGGGACCCUGGGGAGAAGCUGGAGUUGGUGGCAGGCUCCGGAGUGUACAUCACGCGCGGCCAGCUGAUGAACUGCCACCUCUGCGCGGGCGUGAAGCACAAAGUGCUGCUGCGCAGGCUCCUGGCCACCUUCUUCGACAGGAACACGCUCGCCAACAGCUGCGGCACCGGCAUCCGAUCGUCCACCAGCGACCCCAGCCGCAAGCCGCUGGACAGCCGGGUCCUGAACGCCGUGAAACUGUACUGCCAGAACUUCGCCCCCAGCUUCAAGGAGAGCGAGAUGAACGUGAUCGCGGCGGACAUGUGCACCAACGCCCGCCGGGUGCGCAAGCGCUGGCUGCCCAAGAUCAAGUCCAUGCUGCCGGAGGGCGUGGAGAUGUACCGCACCGUCAUGGGCGCCUCGGCCGCCGGCGUGCCCCUCGACCCCGAGUUCCCGCCCGCCGCCGCGCAGGUGUUCGAGCAGCGCAUCUACGCGGCCGAGCGGCGGGGCGACGCAGCCGCCAUCGUGGCGCUGAGAACUGACGCCGUGAGCGUCGACCUGAGCGCCGCCAACCCCGCCUUCGAGGCCGCCGGCGAGGAGGCGGACGGGGCCGGCUCGGUCAUCCAGGAGGUGGCCGCCCCCGAGCCGCCGCCCGCCGAGGGCCAGAGCCCCCCGCCGCCCUUCGAGCAGGGCAGCGCCAGCCCCGGCAGGCCCCAGACGCCGGCCGCCGCCGCCAGGAGGCCCGAGGGCGCCUACGCGGGGACUCUGUGAGCCGGGCCGGGCGCCACGCCGCGGGGGAGGGACCGAUACUAGAGCUGCUUGCAUGCGUUACUAAUACGAACCAAUGUGAUCAAGCCACUUACCUACUGAACUGCUACUGUUGCCUGAGAAAAAUGUGAUUUUUAUUCUGCUUGUAUUUAAAACUGAUGAAGGAAACAAAUGCAUUCAUUAUACUGUAAACACUUAGGCCCCGGGGGACCUAGUUGCAGAGCCCCGGGGCUCCCUUUGGACAUCCACAAGGCUAGUCUCCGAGCUGGGGCUCCCCCCUCCCCGGGGAGGGGUCGAGAGGCUGCCAGGGCCCUGGUGCCCACCCUGCCCCCUCGCCACCCCGGAGGCCUGGGCUGGGCCGGGCUGUGCGUCCCGUGACACUCUGCCCCUUCCCGGUGGGCCCCUGUGGACGGUGGGCGGGGCUGCGGCCCCAGGCGCCAAACUCCUUAUUUUCCUUCUUCCUGAGGCUGGGGGAGAGGGGGCCGAGCCCACCGGGUCUUCCACCUGCGCGGGGCGUGUGUGUGCAGGCGUGUGUGCGUGCGGGGGCCGCCGUGAGGGUGCAGCAGUGGCCGUGGCCGGCCACUCUGGGGUGGACGCAGGGUGCUUGUCCAGCUCCCCACGCACCGUCCUGGCCCUGCUGGACCCUCUGGGCUCUGCGGCCCCGUGGUCCACCAGCCCCACCGUGGACAUGCGUGGCUGGUGUGGCCACACCACCCGCUGCCUCCUCUGCCACUUUGGGAAUGUGCUUGUCUGUCUUUUUGUUUUUGUAACUUAGGUCUGUUUCAUAUAUUGUUUGGAAAUCGUCAAACCCAACAGAGCAAAAAAUUUGGGGGGGGAUGUGUGUCCCUGUGCCAAGCCCGCCGUGGCUUGGGGCAGGUCACGUCUGGUGGGCAGGUGUAUGCCCACGCCCCCGGCCCGGGCCAGGGUCCACUCACCCCCCGGUGGGGGCCGAGGGGUCCCAAGGAAGUGCAGCCAGGACGUGUGGAGGCCGAGCUCAGGGCCAGCCCGGGGAGGGAGGGGCUCUGCGGGGGCAGGAGGCCACCACACUUGGGGUGUGGGUGCCUCUGCGGGUGCCCAGCCUGCGGGUGGUGCGGUUUGCAGGUUUGCAGGUGUGGGCGCUGCAAGGGGACCAGGGGUGCAGGGGUGGGGAGGCCCGGGCGGAGGGCGGCCUGCUGGAGGGUGAGUGCUCGCUGUGACGUUUAGGCAUUGUUUCCUGAGUGGUGAGGGUCACAGGGGUGUGAGCUGCGGGUGUGGCCACUUGCCCAGGUGCCUUUGCUCUUGUCUGGGGGCUGCCUGGCUUCAGAGACACAGGCAGGUCCCCAGGUGUGGCCAGAGGAACCCCCCAUCCCAGGUCGUGAAGGGUCUGCUGCUCCCCCUUGCCCCCAGCCCACCCGGAACUCGGCCCCCGCAGGGCACGGGCCGGACGGGCCUGGCUCAGCGAGCGCAGCAGGCCCGGCCCGGCCCGCCCCGCAGUGGGGGCCCUGUGCUUGUGCCCCGGCGUGGGGACCACGUGUGCUGACACUACCCUCCCUGUGUGGGGAGGCCUUGGGCACCCUCCCAAGGCAGCAGUGGGGGCUGCUUCCUGCCCUGCACCCAGCCUCCUGGGCUCCUCCAGCCAGCCCGAGCAUGCGCCUGCCCUUCAGAAAGACACGGUGCCUUCCAGAAGGGGGCCGGGGGGAGGGGGGAAGGAACCAUGGGCAGGCACCGUGGAGGCAACCUCGACCCCCCACCCCCCCUCGGGGCCACGUCCAGGGAGCCCCAAGGCCUGCAUUCCGGGGGCGAAGGUGGCCACAGAGAGCCACCUGGCCCAGACGUGGCCUCUUCCUCCCCUGCCGUGGGCCCAGGUGGGGUCGGAGCCCCGUGCGGCCCGCUGGGGACCAGGACCGAGACUUCCUCUGCAUCAGGAGCGGCUGUGGGUGUGGAGGGGACGGCGGGAGGUGGCACUGCACCCUGUCCCCUCUGGAGCUUCCCUUCAUCGCCGCCCCACCCACGUUUGCACUUUAAUUUGACCACCCCUGGGGGCCUGCGGGAGGCAGACCCGGUGGCAGCAGAAGGGCUGUGCCCCGCCCCCCGGCGCAGGGAGGGGUGCCGCCGGCCUCAGCGGGACUUGGUGGCUGCACGGGGGACACUGGCGCCGCUCGGGCUAGCACAACGCCCCGCAACCUCUGUCCCUUAUCUUUGCGGUCGCCUUCGGUUCUGUUGUUCUGGGUGAGGAAGGCGGGAGCUGUGAUGGGUGGGACUUCCACGGUGACAAUUUAAUGUGAAUGGGUUCUGAGCUCUCCCUGCGCCCCGGGCGGGCCAGGCCGAGCGUUUUGCACUAAUGUGUCCCGUGGCGGUGGCCGCGGGUGGGAGCGAGCGUUUGCAGGUGACGAUUGUACCGGCCGGGGUGCCCCCUCCGCACCCCGGAUGUGCCGCGGGGCGGCGGCGGCAGCGGCGGGCCUGGGCUCGGAGGGGCCUUCCAGAGUGCCUUAGCAUCUUUUGAUCAUUUUUCCCAAGGAAAACCAAUUAAGACAACCGGACCCUCCCUUCUCCUUUGUUUACAAGACGACUAAUUCCAGAGUCCGGGGCUGUCCCGUCCUGCAAGCGAGGCCCUGGCUCACCCAGACCCUGUAGGCGAGAGACAGCCACUCGGUAUUUAUGCGGCGCCUGCACCUCCAUCCCUACGCCUGACUAUUAGCAAUACGCUUACCCUGUAUAGAGUCUAUUGUAGAGCUAAGCGAUAGCCACGCCUUUUCAGGGGGGGACGGAAGGGACUGGGCCGCGACGGAGCUGCCGGGGUGGUGGGCGGCCGGCCCAGGACCCAGCCUCCACCCCACCCUCUCCUGCCCCGCCCUCGGCUCCCCGGGCCGGGCCGGGCGGGGCAGCCGUGCAGAGGGCGGAGGUCCAGGAGAAGCGCCGGAGAUGGGACAGAUACUGUGAGCCGGCGGGCCCGCCCGGCCGGCGCGCCUCGGUACUUGAAUUCUGUCUGUGUCCUGCACUGUGUCUGCUCGCCGCGUUCUCUGUCGUCGCCUCCUCCGCGUGGACUUGGGUGUCUGUCUGUGCCCCCGAAUGUGGGUGGAGCCGUGGGCGGCAGGCCAACCGGCCCCGCCGGGUGGCGCGGGCUCGGGGACCGCAGCGGGGGGAGGGGGCUCCACGAAGGUGAAACUGGCUGUCAGGUGUCAUUUCUCCUCCAUGAAAACUCAUUCUUUGAAAGUGUUUGUGUCCAGAGCUGGGAGGAAGGCAAAAGGAAGGUGGACGCUGAGGGGUGGCCCGUCCCCUCCGAGGGGACGAGGGGACUCUGGUGUGCCUGGCCCUGACCAGUCCUCAUUCAGCAGCUGGGACUUUGAGCACAGGCCCAGUGCCACCCGCCCCCCUCAGUCAUU